UCUUCAAAAUAUUUAUUGUACUUCACCAAAAAAUAUCAUAAGUUAAAGAUAUAGAUAAAAAAAAUAUAAUUUAUUUUAAUGAAUAAUAAUUAUUUUACAUGACGUAGAAAAAGUCGAAAACUGCACUUAGACAUUUUAUCAAAAGUGGCGUGAUCGUCAGGCCAGAUAUUGAACCACAGUCGCACGAUCUAUGAUUGAAUUAAACUCAUACGAUACACUAUUAUUAAGAAUAAUUAAGUCUAUAAUAAAUUUUUAUGGCAUUGAAUGUCCGAUAGGUGGCACUAUUAUGCGGUUAUCUGAAGAAACUUUUUACAUAUUUGAAAAACGAUUAUAUUAAAGUAAACACAUAAAAUAUAAUUUUUCUCUCACAAUAAAUUAUAAUGAUGUAACUUGUACGUGAUCGAGUCAAUAGUAAUCUUUGUGUGAUUAAAAUUCUAAUUAUAUUAUAUAUAACAUUUAAUCUUUUAUUUAUGAGUAUACCAAAAUAUUCCGAUUAUAUAUUAUAUUUUUCAUAUUUAUACUAAUUUAUUAUUAUAUAAUAAUUAAAUAAAAAUUUACAACUUGUCUUUGACAAACAAAACACUCAUUUAGUAUAAAUUUAAUUAUUAAUUAUUAAAUUUUCAAUUAAUAAAUUAAUUUUCAAAUUAGGAUAUAAUAUAAUGUAAUAAUAUUAUUAAUAACAAUAUAAAACACCUGUUGAGAUUAUUCUUAUGAAUACGCCAAUAUCAAUAAAAGUUUCUCCAUAAGAGAAUUUCCUAUAUUAUUAUUCCAUCUUGUUCAAACAAAACUUCAUGUUCCAUAAAUCUUUAUCAUUCCUAUCCUUAUCUAACACACUUUUACUUUCCUCUAAAUCAAACAUCGAACAAUAUAUAAUCCUUCAAGCACCUUGACUGCAUCGAACAAAUUCUGUAAGCAGAGUAAACUCGCACGAUACACUAUCGAAAAACAUUGUCUCUCAAUGCGCCACUAUUGUCCAGCUUCCGAUAACGUUUCUCUACGCGCGUGGCCAUCAGAUGGCGAUACUGUCGAUCGUCCGACGAAACGCGCGUCACUGUAAGUACGAGCAGGCGCAAGUUGAUACACCAAUCGCGCCUGUCUCUAUUUCCGUAGAGGUCGAACGCGUGUGCCAGCGAGAUCAGUCCGACGUGUUCCAAGAUUUCACUGCGGCUUAGACUUUAGCCGGACGGGGUCUGGCCUGCCUUGUCCCCGGCGUAACGACACCCGAAGCUUGGCAAUCACUCCACGCCGGACUCUCGAUAAGGAAAUUCAUCCAUCCAUUCGAUUAAAAUUUCACGAUAUAUCGACGUUCGUGCAAAUUAAACAGUAUUGUUCGAUUAAGAGAUACUAGAAGCGAUAAAUAUUAUUAAGUAUCGAGCGGGGAAGAAUAAAUAAGAUAUAUUUCCUUUAUUAUUUGCGAAUAGAGAAAACUAUAAGUAACGUUAUCGUAAAAAGUUCCCCAUUGGAAAAAUAUCGAGGCAACUUCUGAACAGAUAUUUAAACUUUACGUAACUUUGAAGUUCGUUCGAUGUUUAAAAAUAUAACAAAAGAUAUAUGAACAUAUAAUUUUUGAAACGUAGUUACGAGUUGCAAGUUGUCAAUUCGAAUACGAACGGUCUAAUUGAUAUUGUUGGUGAAAGUGUGGUGUGGAAAAGAAGAUAAAAAUGCAUUCCUCGCGUGCUAGAUACGCAUUGGUCAAACAUAGAAACGUGUUGCAAGUGUAUAAAGUUGCAAAAAGAUGUUUCGGCACCGAUGUUGAAUACAGACCGAUCAGGAGCGUCCUUGUGGCCAAUCGAGGAGAAAUCGCGAUCCGUGUAUUUCGAGCAUGCACGGAACUGGGAAUCCGGUCCGUGGCCAUUUAUUCGGAACAAGACAAGAUGCAAAUGCACAGACAGAAAGCCGACGAGGGUUACGUGGUGGGCAGAGGGCUACCACCUGUCCAGGCUUACUUGAAUAUCCCGGAAAUCAUCAAAGUCGCGAAAGAGAAUAACGUGGACGCUAUUCACCCCGGUUAUGGCUUCCUGUCUGAGCGAUCGGAUUUCGCGGAGGCGGUGAUCGAUGCUGGAAUAAGAUUCAUCGGCCCUAGCCCGAAAGUGGUUCAACAAAUGGGUGACAAGGUAGCCGCGAGACAAGCUGCGAUAGAUGCUGGUGUGCCGAUUGUUCCGGGGACAGAUGGACCGGUAACCACGUCCGACGAGGCGAUGGAAUUUUGCAUGAAACACGGACUUCCGGUCAUUUUCAAAGCCGCUUACGGAGGAGGUGGAAGAGGAAUGAGAGUCGUAAGGCACAUGGAGGAGGUCCGAGAAAUGUUCGAUCGGGCAUCUUCUGAAGCUAAGGCCGCUUUUGGGAAUGGGGCAAUGUUCAUUGAAAAAUUCAUCGAGAGGCCAAGGCACAUCGAGGUUCAAUUAUUGGGAGAUCAAGCUGGCAAUGUUGUUCAUCUUUAUGAACGCGAUUGUUCCGUGCAACGCCGUCACCAGAAGGUGGUUGAGAUCGCUCCUGCGCCACGAUUAGAUCCUAAAGUUAGAAAUAAAAUGACGGAGCACGCUGUAAGGUUGGCAAAACACGUUGGAUAUUCGAACGCUGGUACCGUCGAAUUUUUGGCUGACGAAUCCGGAAAUUUCUACUUCAUUGAGGUCAAUGCUAGAUUGCAAGUCGAGCACACUGUCACGGAGGAGAUCACUGGAAUUGACCUGGUGCAAUCUCAAAUCCGUAUUGCCGAGGGUAUCACGUUACCUGAGCUGGGUAUGACGCAAGAAAAAAUCAUUCCUCAAGGUUUCGCGAUACAAUGCCGAGUUACCACAGAAGAUCCAGCGAAGAAUUUCCAACCGGAUACCGGAAGAAUCGAGGUGUUCCGUUCUGGAGAAGGUAUGGGUAUUCGAUUGGAUGGUGCCUCUGCAUUCGCUGGUGCGAUUAUCUCGCCUUACUACGACUCGCUUCUCGUCAAGGUUAUAGCCCACGCGGGUGAUUUGCAAUCAUCUUGCGCGAAAAUGAAUCGUGCCCUCCGCGAGUUCCGUGUCCGUGGAGUGAAAACGAACAUACCGUUUCUUCUUAACGUGUUGGAGAAUCAGAAAUUCCUGAAUGGAAAAGUGGACACUUACUUCAUUGAUGAGAAUCCACAGUUGUUUCAGUUCCAACCGAGUCAGAACCGUGCUCAGAAGUUGCUCAACUAUCUUGGCUCAGUCUUGGUAAAUGGACCAAGCACUCCAUUGGCUACACCGUUAAAACCAGCAGAGAUAAAACCUCACAUUCCUCAAGUCGCUUUAGACUUUGCUAAGCUUGCAGCUGCAGAAGAGAACAAUGAUCCAGACGCAACAGAUAUAUUGGAACCACCAAAAGGCUUUCGCGAUAUUUACAAGAAGCAAGGUCCGGAAGCUUUCGCUAAAGCUAUAAGGCAGCACAAAGGAUUACUUCUGAUGGAUACCACGUUCCGUGAUGCUCAUCAAUCUCUUCUAGCGACUCGCGUGAGGUCGCACGAUCUUUUGAUGAUCGCGCCAUUCGUCGCCCACAAGUUCAGCAACCUUUACUCCCUGGAGAAUUGGGGUGGCGCCACGUUCGACGUUGCCCUCAGAUUCUUGCACGAGUGUCCCUGGGAAAGGUUGGAGGACAUGAGGAAGGCGAUACCCAACAUUCCCUUCCAGAUGCUUCUGAGAGGCGCCAAUGCUGUCGGUUACACCAACUAUCCGGACAAUGUCGUUUAUAAAUUCUGCGAGCUGGCUGUACAGACUGGGAUGGAUAUCUUCAGGGUGUUCGAUUCGUUGAAUUAUUUGCCGAAUUUAAUUCUCGGUAUGAACGCUGCUGGCAAAGCCGGAGGCAUAGUCGAGGCUGCGAUUUCGUAUACGGGUGACGUGAGCGAUCCAAACAAGAAGAAGUACAAUUUGAAGUAUUACACAGACUUGGCGGACGAGUUGGUGAAGGCCGGUACUCACGUGUUAUCGAUCAAGGACAUGGCGGGUCUUCUGAAGCCGAAAGCCGCCAGCAUGCUGAUCGAUGCGAUCAGGCAGAAGCAUCCCGAUAUUCCGAUCCACGUUCACACGCACGAUACCGCGGGAGCUGGGGUGGCGUCCAUGUUAUCUUGCGCGGAAAGCGGGGCAGAUGUCGUUGACGUUGCCGUUGAUAGCAUGUCUGGAAUGACUAGCCAACCUUCCAUGGGUGCCGUGGUCGCUUCUCUUAUCGGAACGCCAAAGGACACCGAGAUUAAUCUGAGCGACAUUUCGGAAUAUUCUGCGUAUUGGGAGCAGACCAGAACUCUGUACGCCCCCUUCGAAUGCACAACGACCAUGAAAUCCGGAAACGCGGACGUUUACCUGAACGAAAUCCCCGGAGGCCAGUACACAAACUUGCAAUUCCAAGCCUAUUCUCUUGGUUUGGGGGCGUUCUUCGAGGAUGUGAAGAAAGCUUACAGAGAAGCUAAUUUACUGCUCGGCGAUAUCAUCAAAGUCACUCCAAGUUCGAAAGUAGUUGGCGAUUUGGCACAGUUUAUGGUUCAAAAUAAACUUUCUUCCGAAGAUGUCGUGAACAAGGCAGAGGAAUUGUCCUUCCCUAAAUCGGUCGUAGAAUUCUUACAAGGUGCUAUCGGCGAACCUCACGGAGGAUUCCCCGAGCCUCUCAGGUCAAAAGUAUUAAAAGACAUGCCACGCGUGAAAGGAAGGCCUGGCGAGACUCUACCACCGUUGGACUUCGACACGUUGAAAAGCCAGUUACGAGAAUCUCAUCCUCACCUCACGAACAGAGAUAUCAUGUCGGCUGCCCUCUAUCCCGAGGUCACCAACGAUUAUUUAAACUUUCGGGAACAGUAUGGGCCUGUGGACAAAUUGGAAACCAGGAUCUUUUUGACGGGACCGAAAGUUGGCGAGGAGUUCGACGUGACGAUCGAAAAAGGUAAAACGUUGGCCAUCAAGACCCUAGCCGUUGCCGAAGAUCUCACCAAGAACGGAGAACGCGAGGUAUUCUUCGAGAUGAACGGCCAACUCAGAUCUGUGUUCAUUAAGGAUAAAGAAGCUGUCAAGGAGCUUCACGUACACCCCAAAGCUGCGAAAGGAGACAAAAAUCAGGUCGGAGCACCCAUGCCUGGUACCGUGAUCGACAUCAGGGUAAAAGUAGGCGACACUGUCGAGAAAGGAGCGCCGUUGGUCGUAUUGUCCGCCAUGAAAAUGGAAAUGGUGGUCCAGGCGCCGAAAGCUGGAAAGAUCAAGACGCUGGACGUCACUCAGGGAAUGAGAUUAGAAGGGGACGAUUUAGUGUUGACCUUUGAAUAGAACUGUUAACCAAUCCUGGGACUGAAUCGUCUCUGAAAUUCGUUUCAUUGUGCACGUUUAUGAGACAAGAGUGCAUUUUGUUCGAUUGAUCGAAGUUGAGCAACAUUGCUGCCUAAAAAAUAGAGAAUAAUCACUUGUAAAAAUUUUUAGAUCUAAGAAUCGUAUACUAUUUAUCUUUGAUCGAUAAUCAAAACUUGAAAGUACUUUUUAUAUAUAUAUAUAUAUAUGUGUAUGUAUACUUCUUUUGAACGACUUUAAUCCACUUUUUAAUCGUUUAAGCAUCAGGAAAUAUCGAUAUAAAUAUAAAUAUUCUCUGAUAACGUAAGAUUUUUACAUUCACAUUUACGAAUCAAAUGGAAAAUUUAAUUGUUCACAUUUUAAAAAUUCGAAUCUGAUAUUUCGCGAGACUUCGAAACUUGCAAAAAAAACUCUUUUUUCAGUUUCGAUGACUUUUAAGAUUUCGAAUGUUUGUUAUAUACAAAAAAGAAACAAGAUGAUACAAUUUUCGAAACUUUAAAUAUAGGAAAGUGUUAAGGGAAUCAUUAUACAAAGAUUGUAAAUUUUUUACUGCUACCUCGAAAAAAUAAUAGAAAGAAAAUAAAAUGUGUAAUGUUAGCUUGAUUAAACAAAGGUGCACCUCUUGUUUGCCGACGAAAAAAAAAUUGUGUAUAAACAUUCGCUCCAACACGAGCGAAUCAAUCAUUAUCGAGGAACGAAAGCAACGAACGUUCCAUUAAUGUAUCCUCAUGAACGUCUUCAUCAUCGAACGUAUUUUUUUUAUCGAUUAUUACAUUUUUGAAUAUUAUACAGAUCAUUUGAAACAGGACAUCUUGUCGCUUGUUUUAGAUGAGACACACGUUGUACAGUUAUAUCUCAUCCUUUUUGCGAUGAUCACAUCUCUAGUUUAUUUAAUUUAACAUUGCACGCACAAAUGAAAUGCUUUCGAUGAAAUAUCGUGAUCUUUAAAUUACAAAAGAAUAACGUCGUCUAUUGAAUCGCUCGAAUAAGAAAGUUAAAGCUUGGCGAUUUGACGAAAAACUAUUACGUGUUGCAAUGAGAAUUGAUCUAUGCUGCCUGAAAUGUCGAUAUCUUCGUGUUCAUAUUUGAUUAAUUAAGUUGAAAAAUAAAAAAUAUAUAUAUAUAUAUGUCAAAGGCCUACGUAUAGUCUCAUCAUUGACAUUAAAAUUGAAUGAUGAUACUUCUCUAUUAUAUUCGUUAUUGAUGUCAAAGAGAUUCAACCAUAUUUUACAAAAUGUUCUUUAUGAAGAUGAAUUCCUUAAACGUGUUAAGUGCCAACGUUACAUCAGCGUUUUCCAAACCAUAUUUUCAUGAGAAUUGAAGUAUAAAAAUGGUGUUAGUUUAUUUUUUUUUUUUCACGUGAAGAUAUUUAAAGAUUUCCAUUCCCAUCGAUUCAAAAAACAAUGAUAAAUUAUUUAUAUUGUGUUUGUUAUAAAUUCAAAUUCAUAUCGAUUUAUCGUAGAUAAGUUUUUCACGGAAAACAAGAUCUUCAGGAUAUAAUUGAGAUUGUACAAAGUGUUAAUUUGUGAGUUAAGGUGGUUUAGGAAACGCUUCCUCCGGAUUUAAAUCGAAAGAAGUAUCGAGAGAAACUUUAUUGAAUAUAGAAAUUGAAUUACUAUAUCGAAACAUGGCCAAAUAACAUUGUCUUGUUGUAAUUCGUUGUAAAAUAGUUAAAUUUUUGUUAAAAAAAGGAAGAAACUAGAUAACAGAAUUGUGUACAAAGCAGAUGUAAGUUUCGAUUCGAAUUUCAAAUUAUUUUAAUCUUUUGCCGUAGAGAGUAGAAAUAAAUUGUGUUUAAGUGUGAAUUGAUCUAAUAUAAUUUUAAAUUUUCACGAAUAAUUACUUGAAAAUCAAAAUUUAUUACUCACAUAAUUAUUGUAAUUUGCGAUUUUUCUAAAAAAUGUACAAUUAUAACAUAAUAACGAAAGUGCAUAAUAUUUAAAAAAAAAAAAGAAUCGGCAUAAUUUCAUAUAAUUUUUUAGUUAGAAAUUCCAUUAUUGUUUUACAUAAAAAUUUUCACAUAAAAAAAUUAUCGUAACUUGUAUGUAACAUUAAUUUUAUGAAUAUAAUUUAUACCUUUGGUGAAAGUUUCUCAAACAUUUUUGCAAAAAUAUUAUAACAUGAAAAAAGGGAGAAAUAAAUAUUGUACAUAUUAA